UGGCUUCACUAGUUGUGAUGGAAUUUCCCUCAAUGAAGGUCUUGUAUGAGAAGAGGAAAUCUGUCAGGAUCGACCUGCCGUACAUCAGCGGGUUCCUGGCCUUCAGGGAGUCUCCUCCACUUGUCCAGAUGAUCGAGGAGAUACGAGCUGACAAACCUGCUCUUCUUCCUCAAAUCGUCCUCAUCGAUGGAAAUGGGAUACUGCAUCCUCGCGGAUGUGGAGUUGCUUCGCAUAUUGGUGUUGUUACUGAUAUCCCAACGAUUGGCGUGGCGAAGAACUUGAUCUGUUUCGACGGUUUGAAUCGAGACGCAGUCAGAUCCAUUGCAUGUUUUUUCUUUUCCUGA